AUGGCGGCUGCAGUCCCCUCCCAGCUACUCCGCUCCUCCCGGUGCUGCGCAAGCCAGUACUCGGGAAUCUCGCGACAAUUUCAAUCGCGGUCAUUUCAAAGUGGUAGCAAACAAUGCCAGGAGCGCGGGCCAUGCACUCGGCCGUCUAACGCGCGCUCUCAGCCCCGCAGGGCUUUUCACUCGUCUUCCCCCGCCCAGGCCACGGUUCGAGAUCCUUAUAACGUACUCGGAGUAAACAAAAGUGCUUCCGCCUCGGAGAUUAAACGUGCAUACUAUGGACUGGCUAAAAAGUAUCACCCGGAUACAAAUAAGGACCCAGGCGCAAAGGACAAAUUUUCGGAAGCGCAAUCCGCAUACGAGAUGCUCUCGGACCCUGAAAAGAAAAAGGCAUAUGAUCAGUUUGGAUCAGCAGCUUUUGACCAGAAUGGAGGCUUCAAUCCACAUGCUGCUGGCGGUGGGCCCUUUGGCGGUGGGUUCGGAGGCGCUUCAGGCGCUUCAGCUGGCGGAUUCCACGGCUUCGGUGGAUUCGGUGGAGAGGUCAAUUUUGAAGACCUGUUUGCCCAUGCAUUUGGUGGCGCUGGGAGACGCCGAACGGCGCGGGGCUCACCAUUCCAGUCAACGGUGUUUGUUGGUGAAGACAUCGAAGUCCAAACAAAUAUUUCUUUCAUGGAGGCCGCAAAUGGAACCAAAAAAGAAAUAUUUCUUACGCCAUUAGUGAAUUGUAAUACGUGCAAAGGAAACGGCGUGAAGCCAGGAAAAACGAGAUCUAAAUGCUCCGCCUGCGGAGGGACUGGAACUACUAUCCACGCCAUGGGAGGAUUCCAGAUGGCGAGCACAUGCGGAACUUGCGAUGGUGCAGGAACUUCAAUACCCAGAGGGUCAGAAUGCUCCAGUUGCCGUGGGAAUGGAGUGGUGAGAGAGCGACGAACGGUUCAAGUAGACAUUCCAGGGGGCGUCGAGGAUGGCAUGAGAUUAAAGGUAACUGGAGAAGGCGACGUGCCACCGGGUGAGCCAGGUUCCCGCAAACAACGCGGUGAUCUUUUCGUUUCUAUCCGCGUUGCUCCCGACCAGCGAUUCAGCCGAUCCGGCGCUGACAUCCUCUAUACCGCAACGAUUCCAUUAACAACAGCGCUGCUCGGAGGAGAAGUCACAGUACCAACACUCAACGGUGAGGUCAAAGUUAGGGUAACCACCGGAACGGGCACCGGAGAUCAGGUAACCCUGUCCGGACAUGGCAUGCGAAAACUUGGAGCCCGACGUGGAGGUAAUGGCGAUCUCAAAGUUCAGUUCAAGGUUGCCAUGCCGAAAUCCCUGACUUCCAACCAAAGGACUAUUCUUGAGGUCCUUGCCGAGGAGAUGGGUGACACAACUGCGAAGAGAGUCAUGAGCUUCAAGAACGACAGACCUGCUUCCAAUGACUCCCAACCAGCAGACGACCCUCACAAAGGUGAAGGCUUUUUCAAAGCCGCCUGGCACAAGUUGACAAACCAACACCACAAGCCAGUGAACUCCAGCCCAGAUGGCAACCCAGAAGCCAGCCAGAGCAAGGACCCCGGCUCCAAAUCAGAUUCCAGUGACGACAACCAGAAAAACACGAAAAAGGCGUCUGGUUCCGGAUAA